AUGGUCUUUGAAUCGGCUAUCACUCCAACUCAAACUCCUAGUAAUAGUGUUCAAACAUCCAUCAAUGAUUCUUCAACAUCAUCUCAGACUACAGGAUCAGCAUCAGGAUCAGUAUUAGAGCCACGACAUGGCCAUUGGCAAAUGUUAACAGCGCAACCGAAGUCUUCAGCGUCAACACGAUCAUCAUAUUUACCUGGAUCAGUAGCGGCCGAUGCAACCCCGUCGCAAUCGUUACUCGGCAAAAAACUUAUUCAGAUAAUGUCUGAGGAAGCUGGUGGAACAGCUCGACAGGUAGAAGAUGAACCAUUUUAUCAUGGUUUCAUGUCACAUGAUGAAUGCAAACCACUACUUGUAAAUCCAGGUGAUUUUCUGGUACGACGGUCAGAAAUUGACGGUGAAAUGCAAUACGUCAUUACAGUUCUUCCGGAAAAUUCAAGUGAACUUACAAACUUUAUCAUCAAAAAAACCCGUUCAAGGCACCUAUAUUACGUAAACAUAUACGCAUUCAAGACGAUCUCCGAUCUGAUUGCUUAUCACAGUCGUAUGAGAAAGCCGCUUAAUAAUGAAAAUGUAUGUAUCGUGAAAGGAAUUGCAAGGAGUGAUUGGCAACUUGCUCAUGAACAGAUUGAACGAAACAAAAAAUUGGGUGAGGGAGCAUUCGGUGAAGUUUGGGAAGGAAUGCUUAAUCUUGGAGUGUUUCGGGGAUAUAUACCAGUGGCCAUCAAAACACUUCAUUCAGGAAAUCUUAGCACGGAUGAAAGAAUUAAAUUUCUUCGUGAAGCAAACUUAAUGCUUAAAUUAAGCCAUCCUAAUAUUAUCAAAUUUUACGGUGUAGCAACCUUGAAGGAUCCAAUAAUGAUCGUUAUGGAAUUUGCUAGUGGUGGAUCACUUCUUGCUCGAGUACAAAAUACCAAACGACCGCCUAGUGAUGCGGACAAGAUGCGAUAUUGUGCUGGAGCUGUUUCUGGUCUGGCAUAUCUCGAAACAGUACAAAUUAUCCAUCGGGAUAUUGCCGCACGAAAUUGUUUAUUGAGUGCAGAUGACGAAGUUAAACUGAGCGAUUUUGGAUUGUCAUUGCUUGGAAUCAAAUAUCGCGAAAGAAGUAUGAAGAAUGUACCAAUCCGGUGGUUAUCCCCAGAAACAUUGAAAUAUGGAUGUUUUUCAUCAAAAACCGAUGUCUGGAGUUUCGGUAUAACCAUUUGGGAAAUAUAUUCGGGAGGUCAGGAACCGUAUGCAGAAAUUCAGGAUAAUAAGGAAUUGCGACGAGGAGUUAUUGAGCAACGGGUAAAGAUAAGCAGUCCAGCUGGUAUGCCAUCGGUGAUGCAACAAAUAAUGUUUAACUGUUUGGCAUAUGAUCCAAAAAAUCGUCCGACAUUUCAAGAAUUGAACGCGAAGCUGUUAACCAUCCGACCUAAUAUUACCUAUCUUACGCUGUCAUCUAAAAUUAAAGGACUAUUUCACUUUUAA